UCUGCAAACACAAUCUCAAUUUUCACUCACAGUGAUGGGUAGAAAAAAGCAAGCCCGACCACAGCAAUCUGGAGGAGUAUUGGAGAGCUCUAACAUCGAAAGGAAGCCAGAUGACAUAGCUAGUUCUGAACCCCAAAAUGGUAGCAGUAAAGAGGAGAUUAGUGAAUCAAGUAAACCAUUUUUCGUUGAAAUUGACCGGGGGUAUUGGACUUUGGAAGAACAUCUUGAUAUUGCAGAAAUCGUGCUUAAGGAUAUAAGAUUUGGAGAAGGUUUUUCUAUUCACAGAUUCAUGGAGGAUUUUUGCAAUUCGAAUUUCUCUCUUCGAUUCAUGCUGCGAAAUGUAGAGGAGUUUGGUGGUCGUCUUAAGUUAGGUCAUUGGCCUUUGAUUAGCGCCAAUAAUAUCUCUUUGGAGUUGGUUGAAACAUCUAUGGUGGAGGAGAAGGAAAGAGCGUGUGUAAUGUUAUCUGGUAGUUUUGAUGGACCUGACGAGGGUAUUUCUGGUCUUGUUCAUUUGGUUAGUCAGAAAAUUCUGACACUGAGGCUAGUUCCUGAAUUGAGAGUUUCAGAGGUUGUUCCAUCUCUUAGGUUGAGGGUGGAGAUGCUCAAGAGUGCUUUUGAUGCUUGUGAGUCUCUUUUGGAGACAACUAGACAACCAUGGAAGAAGAGUAUGAUGAGUGCUAUUGCUUGGCUGCGACCAGAAGUUACAACCCAGGAGGCUAGGUAUGGGCCGUAUGGCAUUAGUAACUUGGACGUCAUGGAAGUUGAUUCACUUAUGGAGGCAGGCAGCAGUAGCCCUGUUUCAAUGGAAGGCGCUAGGUUUGAUGCCGCUGGGUUCUAUGAAGCCAUUAAACGAUCCAAAGAAGAGCCAAUGCUGGAAGAUGAGCUUCCUGACUUGCUUCCUGAACUGAGACCAUACCAGCGCCGUGCAGCUUAUUGGAUGGUUCAAAGGGAGAAAAGAGCAUCAGAAAGUAUGUGCAGAAGAGAUCAGAAUAAUAACUUUUGCGGUCCUCUCUCUGUAUCUUUGGAUUUCCUUGACACACAUAUGAAAAUGUUCUACAAUCCAUUCAGUGGAAAUAUCUCGUUACAACCUGAAUCCUUGACAACAUAUGUUCCUGGUGGGAUUCUUGCUGAUGAGAUGGGCUUGGGUAAAACUGUUGAACUACUUGCCUGCAUCUUUGCUCAUCGCAAGUCUUCAUCUGAAGGUGGAGUUGUCUUAGAGAAUGAAAUGCAAGUUACUGGAGAACAGAGAAAUAAUUUGAAAAGGUUGAAAAGAGAACGUGUCGAGUGUGUAUGUGGGGCUGUGAGUGAAAGUGCUAAAUAUAAAGGAUUAUGGGUUCAAUGUGAUGUUUGUGAUGCUUGGCAACAUGCCAAUUGUGUUGGUUAUUCACCUGCCGGAAAAAAAGUAGAUUCCCUCAAAAUUUCCAGUGGGAAAGUCUGUAAAAAGAAUCAAUCUCCAGAAGUAAAAAAUCAUUUGAAAAGGAAAGGUACUUCCAAUGUAGUUACCACGGGUGGGGAUCACAUUUGCCAGACAUGCUUGGACUUGAUCCAAGCUGCCAAUUCUCCUAUUAGUACUGCUGCCACUCUUAUUGUUUGUCCAGCUCCUAUAUUGCCCCAAUGGCAUGCUGAGAUCAUUUGUCAUACAAAAGCAGGUUCUCUCAAAACUUGUGUUUAUGAAGGAGUGAGAAACGCUUCCCUUUCGACAGGGUCCUUGAUGGAUAUCAGUGAGCUGAUCAAUGCUGACAUUGUGCUAACAACAUAUGAUAGCUUGAAAGAAGACCUCUCACAUGAUUCUGAUAGGCACGAAGGUGAUUGUCGCACCAUGAGAUUCCAGAAAAGGUAUCCGGUCAUUCCAACUUUGCUCACUAGAAUACUCUGGUGGAGGAUUUGUUUGGAUGAAGCUCAAAUGGUGGAAAGUAAUGCUGCUGCUGCAACAGAAAUGGCAUUGCGAUUGCAUGCUAAGCAUGUCUGGUGUAUUACUGGAACACCAAUACAGCGAAGAUUCGAUGAUUUAUAUGGACUUCUGCGAUUUCUUAGAGCAAGUCCUUUUGAUGUCCAUAGGUGGUGGGUUGAAGUUGUAAGAGACCCAUAUGAGGUACGGAGAGAGGCAAGGAGAUGGGAUAAAGAGAGUUCUGAGAAGAGAUGA